GGUACAGUUACAAUCAGUUAUCACUGCCACAAUGUCAACUUCUACCUCUACGCAGCAGUUACUAGGGCUUCAUUCUUCUCAUAGCAGUAUAGACUCCGAUGGGAAUGCGGUACGACCUCAGCCUGCAUUAUUAAGGCUCCUUCACACAGCAGGAGCAAAAGGAGACACAUUUACCAUAAAACAGGUUAUGCAUUAUUUGGGACAGUACAUAGUGGUUAAACAGCUGUACGACAAGCAGCAGCAGCACAUUGUUCACUGUGGCACUGAUGAACUUGGAGAAUUAUUGGGCAUUACACACUUUUCAGUGAAGGACCCAAGUCCUUUGUAUGAAAUGUUGAAGAAGAACUUGCAUAGAGUGUCUCACACA